AACUUUUCCCCACUUCCACGGCAACACCCCAACAACAGCAGCACGCCACAGCACCACCGCCACCGCGCACACAAAGCAGUAGUGUGGUUGGUUUGAUUUGAUUUGAUUUGAUUGAUUGAUUGAUUGAUUGACGCGGAGGCAGGCUUGCCACUACGGCGCGUGUGCUGGUGAGCGGGAAGGGGCAGAGGCGUAGCAGACAACAGCAGAGAAGGAACAGAGGCAGAGGGAACGGCUGCACUCGACACCAGCCCAAGCACCAUUCCAGGCACCAUUCCAGGCACCACAACAAUCAGAUGGGUGUUGGCAACAUGGCGAAAGCAAAGACAAGCGGUGUCAACCUAAGCAAUGGUGGCGCAAGCAACAAUGGCCAACAGACACAGCACCGCAUGGCGGGGAUCCUCACGGGCGACAUGUCCGCUGGCUCCUCAAAGAAGCAGGCCACGUCGUCUGUGCUGGCCAUCCUCACAUACUGCCUGUGCAGCAUGACGAUGAUCUUCACAAACAAGCUCGUGCUUGCGGAGCACGACUUCUCGUACCCGUCCGUGCUGCUGCUGUUCCAGAGUGCAGUGGCCGUGGUGAUCCUGAAGCUGCUGUCUGUGGGUCAAGUGAUUGAGCUUGAGCGCUUUUCCAUGGCGACGGUGCGGCGCUGGGCACCGGUCACAGUGUUCUUUGGGCUCAUGCUGUACACGGGCUCCAAGACGCUGGUGUUCCUGUCCAUCCCCAUUGUCACCGUGUUCAAGAACAUGACCAACCUUCUCAUCGCGUACGGCGACUGGCACUUCUUUGGGCAGACGGUGACGCGCGGGGUGAUUGUGAGCUUCAUGCUCAUGGUGGUUGGCUCGAUCCUCACCGGGUUCACCGAUCUGGAGUUUAACCUGCAGGGCUAUGUGUGGAUGAGCCUCAACUGCCUGAGCCAGGCGUCGUAUGUGCUGUAUGCGCGGUAUGCCAAGACGACGACGCAGCUCUCGGAGUGGGGCAUGUCCUUCUACAACAACCUGCUCUGCGUGGUGCUGAUGAGCGCGUCGAGCGUGUUUACCGGGGAGCUGUUUCAGGCCAUGGAGUUCAAGAACCUCACAGCGCCAUCCUUUGUCGUCAGCGUUGUGCUGAGUGGUGUGGUGGGCACGGGCCUGUCGUUUGCCGUGUUCUGGGUCAUGUCCACCACGUCUCCGACCACGUACAGCAUGGUUGGCUCGCUCAACAAGAUCCCCAUCACGUUUGCGUCUGUGCUCUUCUUCCACAUGAACAUGACGUGGAAGACCAUGGUCAGCAUCGCCGUCGGCCUCGGUGCAGGUAUUGUGUACACUCAUGCGAAGAUUCAGAUGAAGCGCCAACGCGAAGCCCAGCGCGUGUCGUCCUAGGACUAGGACGUAUUUAGCCAAGCAGCACUCACAACAACUGUGUGUGUGUGUGUGUGUGUGUGUGUGAUGAACCGGGUUUUGCGUGUGUGUGUGUGUGUCUUUUGGAGUAGCCUUGAUCUUCCCUCCUUGUCUUCUCAUCAGCUAUUGAACCUCAAACUGUCGUGCUUGCAUGCACGCCCAAUACAACCAUUUACGCGAGCGAA